GAAGCACUUCAGUUUCCGCGUUUUUCCCCUCAUAAAGCUGCCGGGAAAGCAGAAGUGAAACAGAGACAUGUUCCUCUGUGUUCAGAUGGAAACUCCGUAGUCUGAUUGAAGACAACAUGUCGCUUUCUGCCUGCGUGUUCGUCCUCACCUUUCUAACUCCGUCCUCAGGGUUUUUGAGGUUCCCUGACAGCCGUGAGUCCCGGGCAAACGGUACCAUGUACCCGCCCUGUCCGACAACCCUGUCAGGACUCCCCAGCAGUCCCACCAAUGUCCGCCUGACCUCUACCAACAUGGACCUGGUGCUGAGAUGGGAUCCACCUGAAGGGGCAUGCAGCGGGCUGACAUACACCACCAGGCUGUGGAGCCCAGCUUCUGGCUACAGACCCGGCUGUUUAAACAUCUCAGCCCUCCAGUGUGACUUCACCUCCAUCAUCAGCCCUUAUGGGAUCUACACUGGAGAAGUUCAGGCGCUGUGGGGCACCGCCAGUUCAGACUGGGAGAAAAGUGAGGAGUUUAUUGUGGACAGAGAGACCAUCAUCGGACCACCCAGCGUGACGCUCCUCUCCAGCGGAGGAAAGCUGGAGGUCUUCAUCAAAGAUCCGGUGUUUAAAAACACCACUCUGCAGCAGGUAUACCACAGAGUCACCUACAACAUCACCUACUGGAGGGAAGGAGAGGGAAAAAAGACCACAAGCAUCACCCAAAUACAGCAGAACCGGAAAGUUCUGGAUGAGCUAGACCCCUUGAGCAAGUACUGCGUCCAAGUCCAAAUCAACACAGUCAGGAACCCAAGACCCAGCAAGGCCAGCAGCAUCGUCUGUGAGAGCACCAGCAGUGAAAAAGAAGCUCCGUGGCUGGCAGCAGUGGUGGUGUGUGUCGUCUUGGCAAUGGUCGUGUCUCUGGUGGUGGUCCUGGUGCUGAAGUGGAACAACAUUUCCCAGUUCCUCUUCCCAAAAGAUGCUCUGAUGUGCAACUAUCCGGAGUCUCUGCUGAAAGUAUCCGAGUCCUCCCGUUUUCUGGCAAUGCCGAGCAUGGAGCCUGUGGAGGAGAUCAGCCACAAAGUCACGGUGGAGGAAAGAGGCCUCGUGGAGGCAGCAGACAGCAGCUGAAGUCACGCGGAGAAGAUGAGAAGCGCUGUGGAGUCCCACGUUACUUACUGAUGGACAGGUGCAGGAUGAUGCCCCCUCCACCUUCAUGUCUGAUGUCAUCAGACAUCGUAUUCCCGUCUUGUAGAUGGGAAACGGGGAUAAAGCAGGGUAUGGUCUGAGGUGGUUUUAUCUUAGCCUAAAAGUGUUUGUAAGGAAACUUUAUGAGCAUCAAACAUGAAUCUGCAGUGUUUUUAGAUCAGCAACGUUUCCACAGUCCUGUUCACAUGAUGCUCAGCCCAGGAUGACAUCUCUUAAAGGUACAGUGUGCUUUUCUUUCAUUGAUCAGAUGAAUCCAGGUGGGGCUCUUUGUACUGAUCUGUCAGGUUUUUCCAGGUAUAUUUGUAGAUUUCCAUCACUGCACUAAAGUCCUGAUCCAGUCCUCAUGUCCUCACCUCUGACUCAGUUGUAAAAUUUUAAAGUGGUCUUCAUCAAUAGUUCUCCAGCUUUUCCCUCGUGUCCUGUCCAGUCCUGGUACCGGACCAGUUUCCUACCUGAAGGAACGAACCAGUUGUUUCCUACUUCCCGUUGUCUUGGGAAAAUCUGAAUGGGUUAGUUGGAGGAAAGGUUUCUGCUGCUUCUACAACCACUCAGUUCACCAGCACUAAAUUCACAUUUUUCACACCAAAUUCAUCAUUUUGUGCUGAAGUCUUGUUUAAUUGUUUUUAAUUUAUUAUUAUUUGUGGUGUUUUUGUUGCACUGAAUGUGCUGUUGAUUUUAUUUUACUGUAAAUCACUGUGCUCAGCAUUGUUUUAGCUGUGAUUUCUAAAUAAAUCUGACAUGGACUA